CCAGGAGACUCAGGAGUGAAGCUGCGGUCUGCUGGACUUGAUGAUCCACACUGGAGACUGGAAACUCUCAGGGUGGAGCCUGCUGGAGUCCGAUGGUUCAGACCAGGUCUGAGGAAGUGUAAGUGUUGGAAGGAAUGAUCAGUCCUGGAGUCUGAAGUGCUCAAAAGGACCUGUGGUGACGCACAGGGUAAAGGUCCUUGCAGCUCAGCCCUCGCAGCAGCGUGAGGAAGCAGCGGCUCUGCGUGUUGUUGUUGUUGGACUGAAGGGGACGCGAUGGCGGCCACAGCUGUGUGUGUGUAGACCGACCUCUGUCACCACCGGACCGGGACUGACGUCACGGAGGAGCAGCGUGCUCAGGAUGGCAGGAGUGUUCGACAUAGACUUGGAGAAUGAGGACAUCAGUGACGCAGAGGAUGAUGUCUGUGACUUCACUGUGAUGGAACCAGAGAAUGUGCAGACAGAGGAGGUGGAGUUGACCAGUGAAAGUGUCAACAGAGACAGUGAGAGAGUUGGACCUGACUAUUUUGAGCUUCUUACUGUGCUGGGAAAAGGAGCCUAUGGCAAGGUUUUCCAGGUGAGGAAGGUUCAAGGUGCUCAUAUGGGACACAUAUUUGCCAUGAAGGUUCUGAAAAAGGCGAAGAUAGUCUGUAAUGCUAAAGACACGGCCCAUACGCGAGCAGAGCGGGAGAUCCUGGAGACGGUGAGACACCCGUUCAUCGUGGAUCUGCUCUACGCCUUCCAGACUGGGGGAAAACUCUACCUCAUACUGGAGUGUCUGAGUGGAGGGGAGCUCUUCAUGCAGCUAGAGAAGGAAGGCAUCUUCAUGGAGGACACUGCUUGUUUCUAUCUAGGAGAGAUCACAUUGGCUCUCGGUCACCUCCACUCCAAUGGGAUUAUUUACAGAGACCUCAAACCCGAAAACAUCAUGCUUAAUCACCAAGGACACAUCAAGCUAACCGACUUUGGCCUCUGUAAGGAAUCCAUUCAUGAUGGAAGCGUCACACACACCUUCUGUGGCACCAUAGAGUACAUGGCUCCAGAGAUCCUGACCAGGUCUGGUCACAACAGAGCAGUAGACUGGUGGAGCCUCGGGGCCUUGAUGUACGACAUGAUGACCGGCUCACCUCCAUUCACAGCUGAAAACAGGAAGAAGACCAUUGAUAAGAUAUUGAAGUGUAAAAUCAAUCUGCCUCCAUACCUGACCAUUGAUGCAAGGGACCUCAUCAAGAAGCUGUUGAAGAAGAAUCCAUCCCAAAGACUUGGCUCCAGUAAAGCAGACUGUGCUGAUAUCCAGAAACAUCCGUUCUUCAGGCACAUCAGCUGGGAUGAGCUGCUGGACAAGACAGUGGAGCCGCCGUACAAGCCACAGCUGCAGUCGGACGAGGAUGUGAGCCAGUUUGACACCCGAUUUACCAGACAGACACCAGUGGACAGUCCAGACGAUACCACACUGAGCCACAGUGCAGAGCUCGCCUUUGCUGGUUUCACCUACGUGGCUCCAUCGGUCCUAGAGAGUCUAAAAGAAGGAUUCUCAUUUGAGCCCCGACCACGAGCUGUACGCCGCCACAACAGCAGCCCCCGCACACCCAUCAGUCCUCUGAACUUUUCCUCAGCGGGACCUUUCAAGUCCAGCACCGAUGGAGAGCCAUAUCUUUUCUCUCCCACCCCUCCACCGGCGGCUCGGGUUUCUCCGUCACUGGAAAAUGGAGGUGCCAGCCAGCCGAUCAGGACACCUGCGAGGAACAAGAAGCAGAAGGGACAACGAAGAUGAGGAGGUCAUCUUCAAAUAGCCAACCUGCGCCGCAAGACCUCAGUCAGAUUGACAUUUUUCAUAGAAUAUAAAUAUUGAGGCUCCGAGCUCAAGUGUUUUUGCUGGUAUCAUGCUUUUUUUUUGAGGUGGUUAAACGUACGGGUCGCUGAACAGCCUAAAUAGAAAGUGGAAAGCUCUCCAUUUUCUUUCUCUCACAUUCAGCUUGGAAGAGGAAUCCAGUAGUAUUGGGGCUGUUUGCCAUAUACCUACAGCUAGAUCCCUCUACAUGGACUUCUCAUGCUUUUCUUACAUUUGUCUCAGAUGGACACUUUGUUGAAUGAAGCUUAAAUUUACAGCUUCCAUAUGUCUGCACUUGAGAGUUACACUGUGGCACUGAUAUAUGAGAAACAAUGACUUAAUAUCAAUAUUUUAAUCAAAAAGCACUGGAAGUAGGGAAACUGUACCAAUGAUUCUGCUUCUCCACUGAAUCUACCGUGAGUCUAAAUCUGCUAAUGAUGGAUUGAUCGGAAGAGUGUUUCAUUUUACAUAUAUAUAUUAAUUAAAACCAAAAAGCUUUAUAUAAAAUGUAUAUGUAUAUAUAAUAUAUAUAUAUAUAUGUAUAUAUAAUAUACAUAUAUAUAUAUAUAUAUAAAAAGCUUUUUGGUUUUAAUUAAUUCAUCAAAGUCUGUGCAAAGAGGUCGGCUAUCAAUUAUAGAACUGAUGAAGGAUAACUUGAUUUAAGUCCUUUUGAAACGACCUUUAGGUCAUCAAGUGAAUCCUGACCGCACAAGCAUUAAAAGAAGUUGUGUUCAUGGGUUGGAGUGGGACUAUAUCAUGAUGAAAUCUACUAAAUGAAAUGCUACAUCACACACACAAAGUAAGGUUAUCACUAAUGUCAUUGUUUAUCUUAAGCAAACAUUUCUGUGUGUAAAUAUGGUGACAUUCAUCAUCGUGUUUCUUAUUUCUCUUGAGCUUUUUUAACAGAUAUUUUCUAGUGUUUGAUAGUCAUUGCCUAAGAGACCCGUAAGGGCCCAUGCUGGUUUAAGUCACUGAAGUCUUGCUUACCAGUCAAAAAGUAAUUCAGUACUUGGAUGGAUCAUGGCGGUUCAUUUGAUGCCAAAAAAAUCUUUCAGCUUUUCUGAUUUUUCUUUUUCUUAGAAUAAAUGACUUGUAGAUUAAGGUACAUUGAACCAAAUCCUGGCCCUGGUCUCUAUAUUUUGUUAAAAAAAAGUUCCAAAGGACCAGUCUGUAGGAUUUAGUGAUGUCUAGUGGUGAGGUUGCAGAUUGCAACCAACUGAAUACCCCUCACCCCUCCCUUUUUUAUUGCGUUUACAAGAACUUGGCCUUCAGGUGCAUUCACGCCACCAAAUCAAAGGUUCAACUUUACCGUUAACACGAGAAAGGCCCUCUAGAUCAGGCAGCAACGUCCGGGUUUGAAAAAUGAAGUCAAUACCAAAGUGUUUUAAGCUGCAUUCUCUCUCCUGUCCACCAGGGGGCGACUCCUCUGGUUGUAGAGAAGUCUAUGAGAAAAUGACUCUACUUCUCUCUUGAUUUAUUACCUCAGUAAUUAGUGUAAACAUGAGUUGAUAUUUAGUUUUAAUACCCGCACCCACCAGACAAAUUAUGAGAACCGGACCUGCAAACCACUUACUUUAGUCAUUAUAGUAGCACAUUUGUCAGACUGGCGCUCUCCAAGGGGCUGAUCCUGCUGCUGGGAGAGGCUAGAAGCUGCAAGCGUGAAUAUAUAUGCAGACAAAAUAUGUAUCAAUUGUUAAGUAUUCCAUUUUGGCUCAUUCAAGGGACUGCAUUGUCGGCCUGUUAGUCGGUUGUCCCACCUCUUUUGGUUUACAGCUUCACAGCCUCACUGAGCCGCUAGCGUGGCUGUAGACUGUUGUUAAGUCACACCAGUAUUAAUUGGCUGUCUGCUCCUUCAGACAGGAAAUGGAAUGGGAUAAAACUGACUUUGGAAGAAGCGCAUUCCGAAAUUUAAAACAGCUGGAAUUGAAUUAAAAUGACCAGAAAAAAACUAUGAAAUACAUUUUCAUAAAAAUGUGUUUUAAAGGGAGUCCCAGUUUCAUGGUAUUAUAUUUUAUCCGCAUGUAUUCAUGAUUAUUAAAUAAUAUCUUAUUUAUUUUUAUAAUAUUGGACACAUUGGGUCUGCAUAAAAUCAGCCUAUCUUUAGAAAACAUUCAAUGGUCUUCCUACCUCCCCUCAUUAACUCUGUGCACAACAUGCUGGGUGCUGAGCUGUGAACAGUCAGUGGAACGACUAUAAAUGAUACUCUUCAAUCUGCCCUUUGUUUCUGUAAUGACAUUGUAACUUCAAAUACAUCAUUUUUAAUGCAAGAUAAAAAGGAAACGGUGCAGUUGUAUUUAUUUUUUGUCAUAUUCCAAGAUGCAACACACUUUUUGCAGUUUAACUGUGUUCAGGUUUGUGUAUUUCUUUGCAUCAUUAAGAAUAUUUAUGGACUGAUUUCUACAGUGCUGGGAAAAGGAUACUACACCUCCGGAGUUAAUGGAAAAUUUAAGAGUUAAUAUUUUACCUUUCAGAUUUUGUUUUCUUUUUUGUCACUUUUGCUAACUGAUGAAUGUGUUAAGAAUAAAGAACCAUGAA